AUGUACAAUAUGCGAUGCCUGUAUAUUCUGAAACUUUAUGGUUUGGUUCAAGAAAUUGAGAUGUCGCCAAAAACGUUGAUCUUGAUCCCUUGCCAUGGAGUAUGGUUUGGGAAUCGUGGAGACGGUAUCAACCCCAAUGCUGGAGAUAGUAGGGCCGAGUGGGCUCUUGCUCCAUUUCAAAUAGAAGGGUAUGAUCAUCUUUGCUUUAAAGACCAUAUUCUUGAGGCAUUGAAAAGACUAAAGAAUGAUCCUCAAGCAAUUGCCAUUGUCUCUGGUGGACAGACAAAGAAAGAGUGUGGACCUAUAUCGGAAGCUCAAUCGUAUUACAGUCUUGCAACCCAAUUGUGCAAUGACAAGAAUAUUGUAGAGAGGGUUCAUUUAGAAGAGUAUGCUCGAGAUUCGUUUGAAAACGUUUUGUUUCUGCUUUGCAAGUUCUAUGAGUUAUUUGGAGCAUAUCCAGAUCAUCUUCGAGUGGUGGGUUUCGAGUUUAAGCGCAAACGGUUUCUCGACCUCCACCUUAAACAGGCAUUGAAAUUUGUCAAUUGUGAGUAUAUUGGUAACGAUCCCGAUCCGAGAGACAUUAUAGAUAAGGACAAGUACUUUCAAGACCUUCAUCAAGCCGAGUACAACCAUGCAGUGAAGCACUUUGAAAACGACUGGUACGGGGUGCAAAGUCCGCUAUUGCAAAAGAGAGUUUCAAGAAACCCAUUUGGCCGUAGACAUGGGUAUCACGAAAGUAAUCCGAGCCUUGCUCCUCUCCUUGAGGCUAUAGGUGAUGAGCGAAAGACAUACGAGUCCAGCGAAAAGAUCAGAAAUAAGGUUACAUUUCCAUGGAAAGUGGCAGAAUAA